AUGUCUUCAACAGUGAAUCUUCAAUCAAACGGACCCACUAUUACAGUGAUUACCAACAUGUACAAACCAAAGACCACACAGAUUUGCAACUGGAAAAGUUUUUUGAAAGAUGAACUUCAUCCAAGAAGUUUUUUAUUCGGAUAUCUUUAUCCUGAAGAUUUUACAAAAUUUCAGUGUAUAUUAUCAGUAUUCAAGUAUUUAGUAUGGAGAUCUGUAUGGGCUAUAGUAUUUCUAUUUAUGUUGAUAUUGAAUGGUACUAUAAGCGACUAUUGGAGUCAUAGUAAAUACAAACAUUAUCAAUGGUUUACCUAUCUAACACAUUGGACAUCUUAUUUAUUAGCUGUAACGACCACUGUAGAUGUCAUCUGUGUUAUACAUAUAUAUCUUUAUAAACCUGAUAUUGUUAAAGAAGAAUAUAGAAGGAUGCCAUGGUUUUUACAAGUCAACUGGUUUCUAACAACAUGUAGUAACAAUAUCACCUGUUUAAUUUCUAUAAUACAUUGGGUCUUUAUUUAUCAAGGAGAAACUGUAUCGAUAUUUUCAUUGGUGACUUAUGGUGGAAUAGCUCUAUAUACUAUUGUAAAUCUAUGUUUGGUGGCAGCUCCUGUUCGUAUCUAUCAUAUGAUAUACCCUAUGUUGGUCAUGUGUUUCUAUGCACUGUGUAACUUUAUAUACCAAGAAUAUAACUUACCCAAUAAUAUUGGCAGUGACAAGAACUACCCUGGUUGGAAUUCAAAUACAGAUAUUAUCCAUACUGAUUUAUUGUUUAUACUGAUAUCGGGAGUGGUGCACCAGUUUUUAUAUUUAGUAUAUAUACUAAGAUUAGUAGCUAGUAGAUACUGGUGUGUCACCAACAGAACUUCUAUAUACUGGCAACCAGACAAUACUGGCGAUCUCACCAGACAAGAUAUCCGUUAUACGUUUCUUACUCCAACCUAAAGAUCAUCUAUGUUCUCGAUGGUAAAACAGGAUAAUGAAUAUUUCACCAAAAUGUAUUCUUGGUCUUUGGAGCCGCCACUGUGACGAGUUACAAUUCAGACCAUUGUUGUCGACCGUUUUCAAGUCCAAUGGCUACUUUCUGUCACGUCAUCAAGCAAGAGGCAAUGAAAAAUAAAAUCUGAAACUCAUUCUGAACAGCCUGUCGUUAUGGUGUCGGGAAUAUUAUAUCUCGUUGAAAAUACUAAUAAAAUUCUAUAUAUUUU